AUGGCUGUUAUCAAGAUCAAAAGACGGAAGGAUGAUGUGAAUAAUGCAGGGGAACCAACACCUAAGAAGAUACGAGUUAAGAGGAAAAUUAAAGAGGAGGAAGUGAAACCCAACUUGAAAGUAAGUCUACGAAAGUCUAACAUAUCAAAGAAGGGAAUAAAUGAAGAAAAAGGUGCUACAGUUAAGGUGAAACUGAAUUUAAAAAAAGGAGGUGAGCAAGAAAAGGUUUCCAAAGCCCCAAGGCUGCGAGUCAAGCCAAUUAGAGUGCCUGGAGAAGGCUACGAUUCGGAAGCCUCUGACAUAGAAGACGAUCCUCUUAUUGAGGAAGGUAUUAUACUGCGUGUUUUGCCGGACAUGCAAGCAGAAUUUGUGAAGAACUCUAUAGAAUCGGGUGACUACUCGGGAAUAAACAUCAAAUGGAAAGGGCAUGGUCAUGCAAUCGUAAAUAUUAAUUCAGUGUCAUAUGGGGCUGUAGUGGUUAACUUACCGACAGUUGUUGAAGCCCAUAAAAGUGUUGAUCGUAAGAACUUGUUGAAGACAAUUGACGUUUCACAGAUGUUGCUUUGUAUAAAAGUCAUCGAAAAUGAGGAGGAGGUGUUUACCUUGACUCCUCCUGAUUCAGAAGAUUUGGUAUCAAAACAUUUUGAGGAGUAUCAGGACGAAAUAAAUGAAUCUAAAAAAAAAAGUUUAAAGGGGUACAACGGCGGGGCCUUGACGGAGACCGAACUGCGAUAUCUAGAUCAAAUUGCUCUCAAACCUUACGAUUAUAAGCAUGGUAUCACACCGCCGUUGUAUAAUGCUCGAAAUCGUAGGUUUAGAAGAAAGAUGGGUCUUGAUGAAUUUGAAUACACAGAGCAAGCUGUGGAAAGACUGCUGAAGCAGGAUGAUCAAUCCGAAGAAGUUACAUAUGAGCUAGUGGAUGAGGAUGAAGUAGCAAGGAGAUCCACGUCGGCUGCAAAUUUGGAGCAGUUCUCGACCUCAGCUAGAGACGAAACGGGUAUCUCUGGCUACGCAGACGAUGAGAAGGAGGAAGACGAUUUGGAUCUGGAUGCAGCUUUCCAAAGUGACGAAGACGCAGAAGCAGAAGCUGCUGCCAAAACUAAUGAUCUAUUUGAUGAAGCAGGCGAUGACGUAGAACAGUAUAAUGGCGAGGAGGACGAGGAAGAGGACGAAGAAGACGAAGAAGACGAAGAAGAAGACAAUGAUGAAGAAGACGACGCAGGCUCCGAUCAUGACGUAGUACACAAGGAAGAGGUCAAUGAAGGAAGACAGCAUAACGAAUUACUGAAGGAUGAGCUACUCGAGCUUAAGACUACGUUAGAUCAAACGAUUCAAAAAUUGCAAACGGCUACAAAUCCUCUUUUGAAAUCGAGGUUCGUUGAAAGCAUCAAAAAGCUUGAAAAAGAGGUUGAACUCAAAAGAAAGCAGCUCAAGUACAGCGACGAGAGUUUGCAAGGCGACUCAAGCGUAGCUUCGCAAAUCAAUGGCACACAGGAAGAGUUCGAAGAAGAAGAAAAUGACGCUGACGCCGAUGAUGACGAUGACGACGAUGACGAUAUUGAAGCUCCUGAAGAGGAAGAGGGCACCGAUCACGUGCCAGACCAAGAGUUAGAUCAGAAUGACCUUGACAUGAUGAUGCUGUUUGGGGCAGAAGGUGACGAAGCCGAUGCUGAUUGA